CGGGACCCCCGGGCCCCCCCCGGGCCAUGGACUGGCAGCCGGACGAGCAGGGCCUGCAGCAGGUGCUGCAGCUGCUCAAGGACUCGCAGUCGCCCAACACGGCCACGCAGAGAGUGGUGCAGGAUAAACUGAAGCAGCUGAACCAGUUCCCGGAUUUCAACAAUUACCUGAUCUUCGUGCUCACACGCCUCAAGUCCGAAGAUGAACCCACGCGCUCCCUGAGCGGGCUCAUCCUCAAGAACAACGUCAAGGCUCAUUUCCAGAGCUUCCCCCCGCCCGUGGCCGAGUUCAUCAAGCAGGAGUGCCUGAACCACCUGGGGGACGCCUCAUCCCUGAUCCGGGCCACCAUCGGUAUCCUGAUCACCACCAUCGCCUCCAAGGGCGAGCUGCAGAUGUGGCCGGAGCUGCUGCCCCAGCUCUGCAACCUCCUCAACUCCGAGGAUUACAACACCUGCGAGGGGGCUUUUGGGGCGCUGCAGAAAAUCUGCGAGGAUUCCUCGGAGCUGCUGGACAGCGACGCCCUGAACCGGCCCCUCAACGUCAUGAUCCCCAAAUUCCUGCAGUUCUUCAAGCACUGCAGCCCCAAAAUCAGGUCCCACGCCAUUGCCUGCGUGAACCAGUUCAUCAUGGACCGGGCACAGGCGCUGAUGGAGAACAUUGACACCUUCAUCGAGCACCUGUUUGCGCUGGCGGUGGACGAGGACCCCGAGGUGAGGAAGAACGUGUGCAGGGCGCUGGUGAUGCUGCUGGAGGUGAGGAUCGACCGCCUGAUCCCCCACAUGUACAGCAUCAUCCAGUACAUGCUGCAGAGGACACAGGACAGCGAUGAGAACGUGGCACUGGAGGCCUGCGAGUUCUGGCUGACGCUGGCGGAGCAGCCCAUCUGCAAGGACGUGCUGACGGCUCACCUGGUGCAGUGAGUCCCCGUGUCGCGAUAUGACCCCGUCCCGUCGCGAUACCCCCAGGGCGAUGUGGAGGAGGACGAGGCGGUGCCCGACAGCGACCAGGACAUCAAACCGCGCUUCCACAAAUCGCGCACGGUGACGCUGGCGCACGAGGAGCAGCGCGGGGGCGACGGGGAUGGCGACGGCGACGACGAGGACGACGACGACACCCUGUCGGACUGGAACCUCAGGAAGUGCUCGGCAGCAGCGCUGGAUGUCCUGGCCAACGUGUUCCGGGAGGAGCUGCUGCCCCACCUGCUGCCCCUGCUCAAGGAGCUGCUCUUCCACCUCGAGUGGGUGGUCAAGGAGUCGGGGAUCCUGGUGCUGGGGGCCAUCGCUGAAGGCUGCAUGCAGGGCAUGGUGCCCUACCUGCCCGAGCUCAUCCCACACCUGAUCCGCUGCCUGGCCGACCGCAAGGCUCUGGUUCGCUCCAUCGCCUGCUGGACCCUGAGCCGCUACGCGCACUGGGUGGUGGCUCAGCCCCCCGAGCUCUACCUGAAACCCCUCAUGACCGAGCUGCUGCAGCGCAUCCUGGACGGCAACAAACGCGUGCAGGAGGCGGCCUGCAGCGCCUUCGCCACGCUGGAGGAGGAGGCGUGCACGGAGCUGGUGCCGUACCUGAGCUUCAUCCUGGACACGCUCGUCUUCGCUUUCAGCAAGUACCAGCACAAGAACCUGCUCAUCCUCUACGACGCCAUCGGCACCUUGGCCGACUCCGUGGGCCACCACCUCAACCAGCCGGAGUACAUCCAGAAGCUGAUGCCGCCGCUCAUCCAGAAGUGGAACGAGCUCAAGGACGAGGACAAGGAUCUGUUCCCUCUGCUCGAGUGCCUGUCCUCGGUGGCCACGGCCCUGCAGAGUGGCUUCCUGCCCUACUGCGAGCCCGUCUACCAGCGCUGCGUCACCCUGGUGCAGAAGACGCUGGCCCAGGCCAUGAUGUACAACCAGCACCCCGAGCAGUACGAGGCCCCCGACAAGGAUUUCAUGAUCGUGGCCCUGGACCUGCUCAGCGGCCUGGCCGAGGGGCUCGGUGGCCACGUGGAGCAGUUGGUGGCCCGCUCCAACAUCAUGACCCUGCUGUUCCAGUGCAUGCAGGACACGAUGCCCGAGGUUCGCCAGAGCUCCUUUGCCCUCCUGGGUGACCUCACCAAGGCCUGCUUCGUGCACGUCAAGCCCUGCAUUGCCGAGUUCAUGCCCAUCCUGGGCACCAACCUGAACCCCGAGUUCAUCUCCGUGUGCAACAACGCGACCUGGGCCAUCGGGGAGAUCUGCAUGCAGAUGGGGGCCGAGAUGCAGCCCUACGUCCCCAUGGUCCUCAACAACCUGGUGGAGAUCAUCAACCGCCCCAACACCCCCAAAACGCUCCUGGAGAACACGGCCAUCACCAUCGGGCGCCUCGGCUUCGUGUGCCCGCAGGAGGUGGCCCCGAUGCUUCAGCAGUUCAUCCGGCCCUGGUGCACGUCGCUGCGGAACAUCCGUGACAACGAGGAGAAGGACUCGGCCUUCCGGGGCAUCUGCGUCAUGAUCGGGGUCAACCCCGGGGGGGUCGUGCAGGAUUUCAUCUUCUUCUGCGACGCCGUGGCGUCCUGGGUGAGCCCCAAGGACGACCUGCGGGACAUGUUCUACAAGAUCCUGCACGGCUUCAAGGCCCAGGUGGGCGAGGAGAACUGGCAGCAGUUCUCGGAGCAGUUCCCCCCUCUGCUCAAGGACCGGCUGGCGGCGUUUUACGGGGUCUAGGCCAGG